AGCACCAUUAUCCCACCACCUUCGUCCUUGCGGCAUCCAUUCGAUCGCCGCGUGGACGAGGUCAAACCAUCCAAAGCAGAUCUGAACUUCCUCAUCAUGGACUAUCUGAUCAAUGAAGGCUACCCCGACGCCGCAAUGAACUUUGCUAAAGAAGCCAGCAUCGUUCCUUCGGCCGACGGCGAAGCCAUUCAAGAAAGAGUAGACAUUCGUAACGCCAUUCACACUGGUGACAUACAGCUUGCCAUUGAGCGCAUCAAUGAACUCAACCCACAGAUCCUUGACAAUGACCCGACUCUGCACUUCCAGCUACUUCGCUUGCAGUUGAUCGAACUUAUUCGUGAAAUCGUCAAUGCACCAGGUCCGCCAUCGCCCACUGCCUUCACACCUGCUCUUGAGUUUGCAACCUCGCAACUUGCUCCAAGGGCCCCAACUUCGCCUGCUUUCUUGCAAGACCUUGAACGCACUAUGGCCCUGUUGAUCUUCCCAUCGGACAAGCUCACGCCUCAACUCAAACAACUUCUCGAUCUCAGUCUGAGACAGACAGUGGCUAGUCAAGUCAAUGAAGCCAUCCUGUCUUCUCAAGGCCAGAGACGUGAGGCACGCAUCCGUAAUCUGGUGCGACUGCGAGCAUGGGCCGAGCAAAGAGCGCGCGAAACCAAGAGCUCCGACUUGCCUGACAAAAUUGGCUUGGGCUUGGAGACCCAAUCAGACGACUACGCCGAUGGCGAGGCCAUGAUAACGUGA